GGGAAACCACAAUAUUCAAAAGCAUAUGCCAAGGUGUGAGUACCACCUCUACCUACAGAGAGAGUACACACUAAUUACGAAGUGAAAACCCACUUCUGGACCUGGCUUGAUUCUUUUCUCCACCUGACGUCCACAAUGCCUCCCACUCAAGCAGAAAGUGUUAUAAAGAAUAUUAUACGAGAAAUAGGACAAGAAUGUGCAGCCCAUGGAGAGAUUGCAUCUGAAACAGUGGUUGCUUUCAUGGUGAAAGCUGUUGUCCUGGAUCCAAGCAAUGGCUUUAACAUGGAUAGAACCCUCAUCAAAAGCGACGUGCAGAAACUUGUUAAGCUUUGUGUGGCUCGACUGUUGGACAGUAAAAAUCCAUCCCUGGACACCAUUAAGAUGCAGGUCUACUUUGAUAUGAAUUACACGAGUCGAGAGGACUUUCUUGAAGAGCAUCACCGGGUCUUGGAGUCCAGAUUGGGUGCCGUUAGCAGAGAGAUUACAGACAACAGAGCAUGCGCUAGAGAAGAACUGGAGAGUCUCUACAGAAAGAUCGUUAGUUAUGUGUUACUGAGGUCUGGGCUGGGGUCCCCCACAGACAUCAAGAUUGUCAGGGAGGCAACAGCUGCCCUGCAGAGUGUUUUUCCUCAGGCUGAGCUGGGGACAUUUCUGACUCUUAGUAAGAAGGACAAAGAGCGCCAGCUGAAAGAGCUCACCAUGAUCGUAACUGGAAUUCGGUUAUUUAACAGAGACUGUGGGAAAGGCGGAGAAGGCAUUGAUGAUCUGCCAGCCAUUCUCCAUGAAGCAAUCCCAGCCACCACACAGCAUAUCGACUCCCAGCUUCAGAUUGCUCAGGAACAGGCCUUUCGCUACACAGCCAUCCUUGAGAAAGUAAUGAAGAACCCGCUCAUGGCCAAAGAGCUUGAGCCGUAUAUGUUAAAGGAAGCGCUGUACAACAUUCGACAGUACGAGAUCUUCCUUCAGACUGUUUUGUCGGAUGUGAUUACUUGUGCUCAAGAAGUGGAAAUGAUGAUAAAACAAUUAGCAGCUCAACUGGAACAAUUAAAAAUGAUAGUAAAAUCAAAGACAGCUGUCCCAACAUCACAAGUCUUUCCUAUAUUCAUUGCACUGGCAAGCCUGUGGAUGAGCUUCCAGGAUGAGACGGUGUUGAUUAGUGUCCUCAGCAAUCUGACCACUAACCUGGAGCUGUUCCUGGGCACUCAUGAGCUUCUCUUUCCCGAGAAGGUGAUCCAGGGUCUUCUGGAUGAUGUCACUGUGAAAACUGACGUCUUUAGAAUAAAGGAGCACAUAGACGAAAGAGUACACGUGCCAGAUUUCAUAAAACUGGAUUGGCUUUUUCCAGAAACAACAGCAAAUUUUGAUAAACUGGUAAUUCAGUACCGUGGGUUUUGUGGCUACACGUUUGGUGCAACAGGCGGUCUUCUUCUCCCAGGAAAUCCAACCAUUGGAAUUUUGAAAUAUAAAGAAAAAUACUACACUUUCAACAGCAGAGAUGCUGCGUAUUCGUUCGCAGAAAAUCCUGAACAUUACAUUAACCUGAUUAAAGAAAAAGCCAAAAAGAAUGCAGAGCUAAUUCAGCUACUCGAGCUUCAUCAACAGUUUGAAACUCUCAUACCAUACUCUCAGAUGAGAGAUGUUGACAAGCAUUAUAUAAAACCAAUUACAAAGUGUGAAAAUAGCACGCAGACCGAUACACACAUAUUGCCGCCAACUACCGUGAGAUCAUAUGAGUGGAAUGAAUGGGAAUUAAGAAGAAAAGCUAUAAGACUGGCUAAUUUACGCCAGAAAAUUACUCACUCUGUCCAAACUGACCUUAGUCACAUGAGAAGAGAUAACAGCUCACAGGUGUACCCUCUGAAAAGCGUUAGCAGCCAGUCCAAGAGAGAAGGCAGCACUGGAGUGCCCAGGCCCCAGAUCUUCAUAGCUGGGCUUCGUGGGGGACCAAGCAAAACAACCUAUGGGGUAAAGAUAAACCUAACCAGAGCGGUGGAUGAAACCUAG